AUUCAUAGAAACCGUCGACUUCUCUCCCCUUCACAUUCUCUUUUAAACCCUAGUCUGCACACCAUCGAACUCAAAACCAUCAUCUCGUACUCCCCUCUCUCAAAUCAGAUUCCCAAAACCACCCCAUCUCCCAAAUUGGAUUUGUAAAACCACUUUUACUAUUGUAUAUUUGAACAUGAAACCACUAUCCAAGCCUCCAGGUUACAGCCGUCGAUGCGAUCAAAUGAGUUAAAGCACUGUGCGUAAAGAGUGAAAAAUCGAGGAUGGGUUCUCAAUUUUUUUGUUUCUUUCUUUGGAUUCUGAGGCUGAUCGGUGAAAACCCAGUUGGUAAAGGACCAGAUUUUGCUCCUCAAUCAACUUUCGACCCUCCUCCCUAGUUCAUCUCACCGCUAACUCUAGUCUAGAUGCUUGUUUGGCAAGCGGAUUUCUCUAAAAGAUACUAGACUAUCUAUUUAGUGAGUAGAUAUGUUUUCCAGUAAGUGCUUGACCUGUUUAUUUGUCUUCCAACCUAUGCAGUAUUAGCAUAUUGUUUCGAUUGUUUUGUUAUUAAGUUAAUUUCGUGAGUUUUUUUGUAUUGGUGAAUGGAGGAAGUGUCAAUGUUUAUUUUAAAGGUUUGAGAACCCUUUCACUCUCUAUCAAUAGAAUUACUUUUGCUAAAAGAAAGUAUAUUGCUUUGCUUAAUUUUCUUUACUUGAAUUAAUUUUAUUUCCUAUUAUACACUCAUUCUUUUCGUCAUAAUUUUCUUUGCAAUUUGCACUUCUAUAUAAGAAUAUCUUUGUUUCAUGGGAAAUACUAACUGAAUAUUUUACUGCUUAGUUGGAGUUUGAUUCCUCACUCACUUUCACUUAAUUUCAGCUAUAAGGGACUCUGUUCUCAUUCUGUUUCAAGUGAUUUUUGUCCUCUUUUUUUGGUAGAGACAUGAAGUCUUAGUAGGGAAUGCACUCUUAGGAGUAUAGCACAGGCCUAUGGUUUAUGGUCUAAGGUGAAGAGACCUGGAGAUGAGCAUAUAUAUAGCCAAGAUUUGGUAUCUUUGGUUAAGGCAGAAUUUCAACUAGAGACCUUGUACUUUUUGAUAGUUUUGGAUGGUAAAUUAAACUCUUGUGUAUUUGAAGAUCCAUUUAUUGAUGAUAUUAUGGACAAUUAUGGUUUAUAAUGUUACUGUCAAAUUUAUUCUUUCUAGCUAUCUAAUUAAAGGUUUAUCUUUCA